UUUUGAACAGAUUUUCAGAAGACAUACUGUACAUUGAUGAAAUACUACCCUUGACGUUUUUUCUACUAAUGGGUAAUUUUGCCGGAAUAGUUGGAGUUGUUAUUCUCAUAGCUACAGUUAAUGCUUCGUUAUUAAUUCCAUGUAUUCUGGUUAAUGUAUUCAUGGUAUUCGUACAAAUGUUCUACGUAAAAAUUGGAAAUGCUUUAAAACGACUGGAAUUUUUGACACGAAGUCCUUUAAUUGGGUACAUCACUGCUACUUUAGACGGACUGACAACCAUAAGGACCUCAAGAAUUCAAGAUACAUUGCGAAAGGAAUUUGAUCAACAUCAAGAUUUGCAUACUUCCUGUUCCUACAUGUACACAUGUUGUGAGCAUGCAUAUCACAUGAUGCAAGCAGCUGAAGAAAUUAUUCUCCUUACUUUCGCAAUUAUCCUUUUUUUAGCACUAGAUGACAAAAUGACAGCAGGAAAAGUUGGACUUGUUUUGUCGCAAAUAUUUCGUUUGACAAUGCCAGAGCAUUUCUUUUAUGUAAUGAUAACUAGAUUUCAAAAUCAAAUGAUAACAGUAGAAAGAAUUUUGGAGUACACUAAACAAAAACAAGAAAGCAAAGAUGGUUUAGUAAUGGAACAUUGGCCUAAGGAAUGUGAUAUACGAUGGAAAGACGUGUCCUUUUCUUACAAGAGCGACCAAGACCAUGUUUUGAAACAUUUAAAUUUCGCCAUAAAAAAUAAACAAAAAGUUGCCAUCGUCGGUAGGACUGGUUCAGGAAAAACAUCAUUGAUUUCUACACUCGUACGACUUUACGAUUUCGAAGGAAGCAUUUUUAUUAACAAUGUAGACAUCAAAACACUUCCAGUGGAUUUCCUCAGGUCAAAGAUAUCUGUAGUUCCUCAAGAGCCUACUAUCUUUUCGGGAACGUUACGUGAAAAUAUUGAUCCUAGAGGACAACAUUCAGACGAUGACAUUUGGAAAGCGAUUUCAAACGUGAAUUUGUCACUCUUUAAAACUUUGGAUGAGAAAGUUAACUUGAAUUUAAGCAUUUGUCAAAAACAACUCAUUUGUGUGUGUAGAGCUCUCGUUCAGCGUAACAAAAUUGUAAUUUUUGACGAAACUAAUGCCAGUGUAGAUUCCGAUACUGAAGCGUUGUUACAAAAGAUUAUAACAGAAAAUUUUGCCGAAUCUACGGUCAUUGCAAUUAUGCACAAAUUGCGUUACAUUUUAGAAUUUGACCUAGUAUUAGUUGUAGAUAAGGGUGUGAUUAUUGAGUCUGGUGAUCCUUCUAGCCUGCUGAAGAAAAAAAAUGGCGUGCUCAGCAACUUGUUUAGGAAACAAUGA